CCACUGUCCAAUUAGGUCCCGCCUGUUCAGAAAUGUUGCGCAAAAAAAGGAACAGUUUCUCAACUUUCUCAUGCGCGGGUCCCGCCUUCAGCAGAGAUGUAAGUUUCGAAUUAGAUGCAAAUUUGCGUUCUUUACUCUUCAUCAGCACGCGAGUUGGCUCAUCUAAGUCACCAAGGUUUCUUCCAUUGAAGCUGAUAUGGAGACGGAGAAGAAGGUGAACAAGUCUCUGGACGUGACCGAGGACGAGUCAGAGGCCGUGUCGCGACUCGUCGUUCCAGUUAUCCCAACCGGCGGGGUGAGCUUCUACGAUGCUUUUGUUGUCAGAGGCAUCCGAGUCAACCGAGUCGAACCCGGACUGGUCGUCUGUACUUUGAAGGUCCCUCCCCGCUUCACCGAUAGAGGUGGAAAUUUGGCUAAUGGUGCUAUUGCAAACCUUGUUGAUGUACUUGGUUUUUGCACAGCUUAUGUUCCGGGCCACCCUAUGAAUGUUUCUGUGGACAUUUCCAUCUCCUACAUGUCAACUGCCAAGCUUCAUGAUGAGUUAGAGAUAACUUCAAGACUGUUAGGACGGAUAGGACGUUACUCUGGAACAAUUGUCAUUUUGAGAAAUAAAACAACUGGGGAGACAAUAGCUGAAGGUCGACAGUCAUUCUUUUCUUCUCGUCCCAUUGCCAAACUCUGAGUUCUUUUUUCACAUAUUGUUUGCACUCAAAAUUAAGUUUU